GGAGAGUAGCCUAAGCCUACGUCAUGGCGGGUGACGAGGUUAGUUCGGGAUCCAGUCGAGGCCCAACGUUUCAAUGGAAGCAGCUACAGUACGUGGCGCUUGAAGUUCAGUCGAAGGGCGGAGGAGUGAAUUCUGCGGAGAAGGCCUGGGCAUGUUUGGAGAGCAUGUAUCUUAGGCCAAGCAACGCUAACAAGUCUGCUCAGCAGCUUGGAGGAUUAGUGGUGCUUGUUACCACUGCGGUAAGAAAGGGCACAAGGCGAUAGACUGCUACGACAAUCCUAAGAGCAGGAAC